AGAGAGGGUCCUGUGUUGCCUUUUUUCUGCUCAUGUCUCAGCUGCCUGGGCCUACAUGGCUUGCACAGGGGUCUGAGGCCCCAACAAGGCUGGCAGUCCCUGCACCUGCCAGCCCAAGGCUUCACCUGGGAACAACUACCAGCGGGAGGUGAAGGUCCUUUUACCCCCAUGCUCACCUGCCAUCAUCUUGGUUCUUCUCCCUUCCCCGGCCACUCUUUAUAGAUAACCCUGUUUCCCUGAUCUCCCCACCUCCACUCAAGUGUCCAAAUCUUAUUUUUGAUUCCCACCAGGGCACUGAUCCCCUCUUCCAGGUAAUGUUCAGACUGGAGUCCCCAAAAAGUUCCCAGCAAGACUCAGCACCUGAGAUGUGUUGUCUUUGGUGACAACAGACAAGAAGACAAGGGGACAGAGAUGUAGGGCAGUAGGUUAAUGGAUAGUGACAUCUGGGCAGUAUUCUGAGGGUGCCAGUCCUUGGGUCGGAGGAAGCCUCAUCCGGGGAGUGUCUGUUGCUGGCCUCACACAUGGACUGGUCUUGGAAGGAACAUGGCUCCAAGCUAGGGAGAAACUGUUGAGAGCCUCCAUUGCGAGCCUCUCUUGCGAGCUUAUGCAUUUUUUUUUUUUUUUUUUUUUUUGCGGCUCUGCAUCUCACUUUACUCCUUCACGCGUUGGGGCUGACAGCCGAACUGCACACAGAAAGAGUCCUGCACAGCGGGCGUCGUUCUUGAGGUCUGUCAGCCCUGGUGGCUUUUGGUGCCAGGAUGGUAUCAUGCUGACUUGGGUCCCAUCCAGUCUCUGUGGCCUCACAGCUGGGAACCUCACCCAGUUCUCACAGAGUAACACGUAACACUGGCGGAACUGAUCACCCCACACACCCGUGCAGUGCUAAGCGGUCUGGGCAGAGGCUGGGCAUUUAGAGUUCAUUCCCCUUCUAUCUUUUGGGGAGAGCUGGCGGUAGGCAGCCUGGAGUAGACAGGGAGUAGACGCCUGGAGGCUGGGGACUCUUUCUGGGACACCAUCCCCACUCCGCCCACUAGCCCUGGGCCUAAAAUGACCCUCCCCCAGGGACGUUAUUAAUAGCUGAGCGGCUCGGAUCACAGGCCAAGAAUGUUACCCAGCAGCUCAUGGGGGAAGAGGAAGCCACGGAGCAGGAGACUGGGGUGGGUGCGCUGUGGUGUCCCAGGCAAUAUGUGGGCCAGGCAGGAGGACCUUCGCCACCCGCACCCUCACCCUCAUGCUCUCAUCCGCUGUCCGUCCUCCUCCUCCUCCUCCGUGUCUUGCUCAGGUGACUCGGAAGAAGAAGAUAUGGGGCUCCUGGAGGUUGGUGUGACGGACAUCAAACCUCCCGCACCAGAGCUGGGUCCCAUGCCGGAGGGCUUGAGUCCUCAGCAGGUGGUCCGGAGACACAUCCUGGGCUCCAUCGUGCAGAGUGAAGGCAGCUACGUGGAGUCGCUGAAGCGGAUACUCCAGGAUUACCGUAACCCGCUGAUGGAGAUGGAGCCCAAGGCGCUGAGCGCCCGCAAGUGUCAGAUGGUUUUCUUCCGAGUGAAGGAGAUUCUACAUUGUCACUCCAUGUUCCAAAUCGCCCUGUCCUCCCGAGUGGCUGAAUGGGACUCCACAGAGAAGAUUGGUGACCUCUUUGUGGCCUCAUUCUCCAAGUCCAUGGUCUUAGACGUAUACAGCGACUAUGUGAACAAUUUCACCAACGCCAUGACCAUCAUCAAGAAGGCCUGCCUCACCAAGCCAGCGUUUCUUGAGUUCCUCAAGCGGCGACAGGUGUGCAGUACGGACCGAGUCACCCUCUACGGGCUGAUGGUGAAACCCGUUCAGAGAUUUCCACAGUUCAUCCUCCUGCUUCAGGACAUGCUGAAGAACACUCCCAGGGGCCACCCUGACAGGCUGUCGCUGCAGCUAGCCCUCACAGAGCUGGAGACGCUGGCUGAGAAGCUGAAUGAACAGAAGCGGCUGGCUGAUCAGGUGGCUGAGAUCCAGCAGCUGACCAAGAGUGUCAGUGACCGCAGCAGCCUCAACAAGCUCUUGACCUCUGGCCAGCGGCAACUGCUCCUGUGUGAGACUCUGACAGAGACGGUGUAUGGAGACCGUGGGCAGCUGAUCAAGUCCAAGGAGCGCAGGGUCUUCCUGCUCAAUGACAUGUUGGUCUGUGCCAACAUCAACUUCAAGGGCCAGCUAGAGAUCAGCAGCCUGGUGCCCCUGGGGCCCAAGUACGUGGUGAAGUGGAACACGGCUCUGCCUCAGGUGCAGGUGGUAGAGGUGGGUCAGGACGGUGGUGCCUACGACAAGGACAAUCUGCUCAUCCAGCAUGCUGGAGCCAAGAAAGCCACCGCUGCGGGGCAGGCCCAAAACAAGGUGUACUUGGGCCCCCCACGCCUCUUCCAGGAGCUACAGGACCUGCAGAAGGACCUAGCGGUGGUGGAGCAGAUCACCCUGCUUAUCAGCACCUUGCAUGGCACAUACCAGAAUCUGAACAUGACCGUGGCCCAAGACUGGUGCCUGGCCCUCCAGAGGCUCAUGCGAGUGAAGGAGGAGGAGAUCCACUCGGCCAACAAGUGCCGUCUGCGGCUCCUGCUGCCCGGGAAGCCUGACAAGUCCGGCCGGCCCAUCAGCUUCAUGGUGGUCUUCAUCACACCAAAUCCCCUGAGCAAAAUCUCCUGGGUCAACAGGUUACACUUGGCGAAGAUCGGACUAAGGGAGGAGAACCAGCCGGGAUGGCUGUGUCCUGAUGAGGACAAGAAAAGCAAAGCCCCAUUCUGGUGCCCCAUCCUGGCCUGCUGCGUCCCUGCCUUUUCCUCCCGGGCCCUCAGCCUGCAGCUUGGGGGCCUGGUCCACAGUCCUGUGAACUCUCCUCUGCUGGGCUUCUCGGCUGUCAGCACUUCCCUUCCACAGGGCUACCUUUGGGUUGGCGGUGGGCAGGAGGGUGCUGGUGGCCAGGUGGAGAUCUUCUCCCUGAAUCGGCCUUCGCCGCGCACCGUCAAGUCCUUCCCACUGUCAGCCCCUGUGCUCUGCAUAGAGUAUAUUCCCGAUCCAGAGGAGGAGGCUGAGGGUGCAGAGGAGAGCCGGGCCACCACUGAUCCCUCAGUGACAGUGCACCCCACUGUGUGCCUCGGAUUACAGGAUGGCAGCAUCCUGCUCUAUGGCAGUGUGGACACUGGAACCCAGUGCCUGGCCACCUGCAAGAGCCCAGGCCCGCAGCCCGUGCUCUGCCUGCGUCACGGUCCCUUCUACCUGCUUGCCGGCCUGCAGGACGGAACCCUCGCUGCCUAUCCUCGGACCAGUGGAGAAAUUCCCUGGGACCUGGAGAGUCCUCCAGUGUGCCUAACUGUGGGCCCAGGGCCCAUUCGCACCCUGCUGAGCCUGGAGGAUGCCGCGUGGGCCAGCUGCGGGGCGAGGGUCACGGUACUGGAUGCCGCCACUCUGCAGACUCAGCAAAGCUUCGAGGCGCACCAGGAUGAGGCGGUGAGUGUCACUCACAUGGUGAAAGCUGGCAGUGGGGUCUGGAUGGCCUUCUCCUCUGGGUCUUCUAUCCGCCUCUUCCACACCGAGACUCUGGAGCAUCUUCAGGAGAUCAACAUUGCCACCAGGACCACCUUCCUCCUGCCAGGUCAGAAGCACCUGUGUGUCACCAGCCUCCUCAUCUGCCAGGGUCUGCUGUGGGUAGGCACUGACCAGGGUGUCAUUGUCCUGUUGCCUGUGCCCCGACUGGAGGGCAUCCCCAAGAUCACAGGGAAAGGCAUGGUGUCUCUCAAUGGUCACUGUGGACCUGUGGCCUUCCUGGCUGUGGCCAUGAGCAUCUUGGCCCCUGACAUCCUGCGGAGUGACCAGGAAGAGGCCGAGGGACCGCAGGCCGAGGAGGACAAGCCAGACGGGCAGGCUCAUGAAACCGUGCCUGCGCCUGACAGCCACACAGCUCGAGAGUUGACCCGCAAGAAAGGCAUCCUGCUCCAAUACCGCCUGCGCUCCACGGCCCACCUCCCUGGACCCCUGCUGUCUGUGCGGGAGCCAGCACCUGCUGAUGGCUCGGCUCUGGAACACAGUGAGGAGGACGGGUCCAUCUACGAGAUGGCCGAUGACCCUGACGUCUGGGUCCGGAGCCGGCCCUGUGCCCGUGAUGCCCACCGCAAGGAGAUCUGCUCUGUGGCCAUCAUCUCUGGUGGACAAGGCUACCGUCACUUUGGCAGUGCUCCAGGUGGCCUGAGUGGCCGGCCGGCCCCCUGCAGUGAGACAGACAGCACACUUCUUAUCUGGCAGGUGCCCUUGGCUCUAUAGCUAUCCACGCUGCCCAUCCGGAGGUUACAGGGCAGCUGGACCACUGCGGACACGCUGGGACCCUUUUGGCCCACCUGGAUUUCCCUCAGGGACCUGCCCAGGCCACAGGGCAGGGCAGGCCGGAUUCUCCACCGAGGCCUUGGAAAAGCAGAGGAGAGAAACCUCUGAAAACAAAAAUUUAGAAUGUUUUGGGGAAGGGGUUUUUAGAGUCUUGGGGAACGGAAGGACGCACACAGAGAAUAUGACCUUUUUUGUUUUGUUCUGUUUCUGAAGCAAAAAAACAUAAAACCUCACCACUGCCUGCUGAACCUAGAACUGUUUGUUGGGGUUGAGUGAGGCUCUGAGGUGGCCGGGCCCCUUCAGGAGGAGUGUAUGUGUGAAUGGCUGAGUGUGUGACUAUAUAUAUAUAUAUAUCUAUAUAUAUAUAAAUACGUAUAUACGAUGUAUAUUAUAUGUAUAUAAAUAUGAUCUGUACAUAAUGGGUCUCUGGGAGAUGCUGGAAUAAAAGGCAAGAGAUA